UUGACUUCAGUGGUUGAUAUGAAGUGUCUCUGACCAGGAACAGAAACUUGUUCUGAAAUGUUCAACUGAAGGUCAUCAAGAACGUAACUUUUUAUUUAUUUAUUUUUAACCACGUGCACUAAUUAUAUCAUAAAGUCAAAUCAUUUCCGCUCUGGCUGUGCGCGGCCCCGCGACGGGUUCUCUACACUUGGCAGAAGAGAGACAGACCGACGCAGCCAGCAGUUAACGGAACUCCAAGUGCUCUCCUCACGGACUGCAGGCGCUGCAGGGGCCGAGGACGAAGAUGUCAGUGAAAGCCAAGAGAACAAUAAGUGUAAAGAAUGAGUCUAAGAAGUGCGCUGCGCGUUUUUGGAGGUUCGUUCCGCACCUUUUGCUGUGCUCCUCUUUGGUGGCAUACGCAGCGCUGGGUGCGCUUAUUUUCCAACACAUCGAGGGACACACACCGUCCGCUGUCCAGGAAGAGUACCACAAGUUUCUGUGCCACAUGGUAGAGACCGUACAAAACCUCACCGCUAACGGCACCGCCGCUGAACAAAUAGUGGAGGGAGUGACGGAGAAAAUGCAGAACGAGUUCCAGUCCAUAUGGUUCCAGAGACCUGAUAGAUGGGAUUUUUUCGGCUCUAUGUUCUUCUGCUGCACUGUUUUCACAACAGUUGGUUAUGGGGAGAUCUAUCCAGUCACCCUGCCUGGUAAGGUGGCUUGUGUCUUCUAUGCCAUGGUGGGCAUCCCUCUUAUGCUUCUGGUCAUCCUGGAUGUUGGAGACUUCCUUGCUAUGGUGAUGUCUAGAGCCUACAUCCAUGCUCACACCCUUUCCAAAAAACUCUUCUCCCGUACCUGGUCCCCAUGGAAGACUGAGAAGAGAGACUCGAGGCACCAGGUCCAGGAGGAUGGUACUUUUGUUUUCAGCCAUGACGUUGUGAUCCGCGAGCCCCUCGACAUCCGACAGGUGCUCCGCAGCCAGGCAGAUGUACGGCACAAGUCCAUCCAGCUUCAGAACAACAAAGAGAUUUUUGAAAAGAUUCUUGCCAGAGAGAAUUUACUGAGAAAGGGUCCACUGCUCAGGACGCUGUCCUGCCCAGAACUCGAUCGUCUGCCGCCACCACCCAAAGGAUAUGCCUUGUGGGAUUUCACAGGAUUAGGAGAUGAAAUGGAAACACUGAAUGUCCCCUUCGUGCUCAUUCUUUUCAUCGUCUUUGCCUACAUUUGCUUUGGGGGCUUGAUUCUGCCAAUAUGGGAAACUGAUUUUAAAGACUUUGACCCCUAUUAUUUUUGCUUCAUCACCCUCACUACCAUUGGUUUUGGUGAUAUUAUACCCAAGCACCCCAAGUUCUUCAUGCUUACCUCGCUGUUCAUCAUUGUCGGCAUGGCCAUCAUGUCCAUGGCUUUUAAAUUGAGCCAAACACGAAUUGUAAGCUGUUACCGCCAAUGUGUCAAGUUCAUCAGCAGAGGAAAUGUGGAAACCUUUAAGAAUAGCAAAAAGGAUUAGGUCACCGAGAGUCUCCGUCUCUGCCUCACCCUUGGUUUAGAAACAGGCCCAUAUCAGGAGCCAGUAAGAGUUGCAUGCCUUUUUUCUUACAAGCAUGAGUAAAGGAAAAAGAUGCAUGUGCCCUUCACGAUUGCGCGCUGAAGGAAGUUUACAUUUUCACAGCUGUAAUAAUGAUGCUAAACUUUUGUUUCUACAUAGAGACAGUGAACCACAAGGAGUUUUCCAUGUUGUUGUGGUUGCCUUAUAUAUCAAUUAGCUACACAUAAGUUAUUAAUGUGAUUGGGAUCUAGGGAAUUGGACUGGAGACUGGCUCAGCCACUCCAUGACCUUAAUCUGUUUCUUUUUUAGCCAUACCUUUGUU